UUGUCAUAUAAAACCAGACAGUGACACAGCUAGAUUACUACGUGAAACCAAGUUAAUUAUAUGGGAUGAAGCCCCAAUGGUUCAUAAACACGCAUUCGAAGCUUUGGAUAGAACGAUGAAUGACAUAUUCAAUAUGGACACUUCCAUAGGUUCUGAAAUUUCAUUUGGAGGUAAGGUUAUUGUUUUUGGUGGUGAUUUUCGACAAAUUCUUCUUGUUAUCCCCAAUGGUGGAAGACAAGAGAGUGAAUGCCUUGCUUUGUUCGUCAUAUUUAUGGAGUAAAUGCAAGUUGCUAAGGCUAACAAAAAACAUGAGAUUAACCAUUGGACGCUCUACAUCUGAGAUUGAAGAUAUCAACAAUUUUGCCAAGUGGCUUUUGGAUUUGGGUGAAGGAAAUGUUGGUUGUCCUAAUGACGGGGAAGCAUCAAUUGAAAUACCACCGGAUCUUCUAAUUAACGACACAUCUGAUCCGAUUUCAUCUUUAAUUGAUUUCGUGUACCCUUCAAUUUUAGAUAACUACAACAAUCAUAACUACUUUAGCGAGAGGGCUAUACUUGCGCCUAAGAACGAGGUUGUGCAUGAGAUAAAUGACAGGUUGUUAGCGUUAUUCCCAGGCGAAGAAAGAGAGUAUCUAAGCUCCGAUAGUCUUUGUCAGACUGAGAAUCCUAAUUCAACACAGCUGAAACUAUACUCACCAGAUGUGUUGAAUGGUCUUAAAGAAUCAGGUUUGCCUAAUCACAGGUUAGUACUCAAAGUUGGUGUGCCAGUAAUGCUAUUAGGUAACAUUGACCAACAAAAUGGUUUAUGCAAUGGUACGAGGUUACAGAUAAGAAGAUUAUACAACCGUGUCAUAGAAGCAGAAAUCAUAUCUGGAGGAAAUAUCGGCACUCGCACCUACAUACCGAGACUUAAUUUGAUACCUUCAGACAAAAAGAUUCCUUUUGCGUUUCAAAGGAGGCAAUUUCCGAUAGCUGUGUGUUUUGCGAUGACUAUCAACAAAAGUCAAGGUCAGUCGCUAUCAAGGGUUGGUCUGUACUUGAGACAACCUGUUUUUACGCAUGGUCAGUUGUAUGUGGCUUUAUCAAGGGUAAAAUCCAGAGACGGAGUCAAAUUGCUUAUAUUAGACAAGGACGGCAAACCUACCGAUAAAACAUCAAAUGUUGUUUAUAAGGAAGUGUUUAACAAAUUGUGAACUUUGUCUUCUUUGUUUCUUUUCAAUUACGUGUAAUGUUGAUAAAGAUGUUCGUAGUUCAACGUUUAUUUAAUUA